AUGUGUGGCAGCUUAGAAAGUAUCCGUUCACGUAAACCUCGGACUGGAAUAAGAAAGAGAGUAGGCAUUGGGAAUAGCUCUAACUUUUCUGAGCAAGUAGUUGAAAGCUUUCCGUCUGAUAUCUCUACUGGUAUAUACUAUGGAUGGGCCUGUGUUGGAAAUGGAGAUGUACAUAAAAUGGUUUUGAGCAUAGGAUGGAAUCCUUUCUAUAAGAAUAUUAAGAAAUCAGUGGAAACACACAUUAUCCACACCUUCAAAGAAGACUUUUAUGGAGAAAUUCUUAGUAUAGUCAUAAUUGGAUAUAUUCGACCAGAAAAAAACUUUGAUUCCUUAGAGGCGCUCAUUUCAGCAAUUCAGGAAGACAUUGAAGAAGCAAACAGGCAGCUAGAUUUACCAGAACAUCUUAAACUCAAAGAUGACAACUUCUUUUAUCUGCCAGAAGGCAAAAUAGUGAACGGUCACUGAGUAAACCCAUGCUGCUUUUUUAUUUCUUUUUUUUUUUUCCUCUCCCCUGUCAUGGAGAUUUUAUAUUUACAGUGCUUUUAUAGGUACUUUGUUGUCAUAUGUGUGUUUAGGUAACUAAGGUUGGAACUGACCAUAGAAGAUUAUUUCAGUUUCCUUCUGUUAAUUCAUCAUCAAACCAGUCACGCAAAAGGAGUAGAAUGCUGAUUUAGGUCCUUAACAGAUAAAUUGUGUACCCUAAGUUAGCAGUUCAGAGAUCUGAGCACAUGUAGAACAUGACCAAAAUUAAUUGACUACUUCUGACCCUCAAGUAUGGGUAGUUCAAUUAAGUGAAGAAUGUCUGGUUUUAACAUACAGUAUGUUAAUCCAACCUCUUUUCCCAGUUUUAUGUCAUUCUUACAUCGGGAUUUUUAGCUAGUAACUUAGAAAAUUUUCCUAGCGAUUCAUUCAGAAAUUUCCUCUGGUGCAAGAAGCCAAUGGCAAGAUUAAUUCUCUAUAGUUCUUAUUUUUCAUAUGUUAUACAGCUGUCAUGAUUGAAACUGUUAUUUUAAUUGAAAUUAUUUAUUUUAAAUUUAUUUGAAAUUUAUUUGAAAUGGAGGAAAUCACUGUUGCUCAUUCAGUUACUGGAAUCUGAGAUGUGUUUCUUCUUAGCUGAGUGUACAUAUGACAUCACAUGACCUGUGUAGUUUCACUGACAUUCAGGAAAUGAAUGACAGCAUGAAAGUUGAUAUAAUGGGUCAGAUGCAAAAGAUGAAGAAACAGUAUAACAAGACCUGCUCAUUGGACCUUAAGGCAAAAGAGGUAAUGAAAGUGAACUUGUAUUUUAUGUGCUGUUGGUAUUAGUAAUAAGAAGAUGAGGAUAACUUUGUGGGGGUUAUUAAUUACACUGGCAAUAAAAUGCCUGACUUCAAGAUUGACAUUAUUGUAAGGCACAGAAAAAUCUCAUCAACUUUCUGCACCAAGUGCAAGUAAAAGCUGAGGUUUUGGCUGACCAAGUAGAUGAAUGCACAAAUAAAGGACUUUGGGGAUUCAUGGAAUAAUAUAUCCACACUAUAGUGUGGAUUAGUUGUUUAUUACAAGUAAUUGCAGCUGGUCCUACUCUGAAAUGUAAGGGUAGGUAAAUGGAGGGGAUAUUGUCAGAAUUGAUAGUAAUUUGGAAAAUACUUUUUGGAAGUAUGUAAUGUGUGAUUCCAAAUCUACUUUUUUUCCCUCUGAUAGUUAUCCCCUACUCAAUGAGUGGAACUAGGUAAGCUGCAGUGACUUUGUCACAUUCAUAAUCUUUUGACGUCAGCCUGUGGCGUGGCUGGAACAUUUUCAGAAAUUCAGAAUGUUUCCGUAGAUAUGUCUUGACUGUAGUUCUGUGUUUAAACUACCAUGCACAAUUUGGAACGCACAAUUUAUGUAGUGUAAAUUCAUAAAAAUUACUCCUUGUCCUAUCCUAUUUGAUUCCUACUUUUUACUCCAUGGUUUGAGAGAGUUUUAACAAGGUAGCCAUUUGGGUUCUGUGGUAGGUGCUCUCAGAAUGUUAACUCUGCUUCCUAUUGUUUUAACUUUCAGAUAAUAUCAUGGGGGAUAUUAUUAGGAAAGGGGUCUUGAGCAUAUCAAGGAUUGGUGUUUGCUCUGUAGGACUUCAGCAGAAACUUAAAUUUCAUUUAAAUUAAUUGUUUACCAGUGCUGUUGAUAGCUGGGACAGAUGGAAUACAGAUUUGGAGGGAGGCAGUUAGCAGCAGUAGGUAUAAUUUCUUUUAAAGGAGAACAAAAUCAUUUAGUUGACUUUUACCAUAUAACAUGUUGAAAACUGUCUUUCUAAAAAAGCAUGUAAAAGAACUUUUCUUGCAAGAAUGAUGGAUUUGUUUACAUUUAAAAUGGAAGGAUAAAGGGAGAUAUUUUUUUGCAAAAAUCUGAGGCAUUCUUGAGAUUUCAUUAAUGUCAAAAUCUUCUAUUUUAGUUUUCUUUUUUAAAGAAUAAACAAAAGCCACACUAGCCAACUGAAUAUAUUGUCAAGAAUAUAUUUAAAGAAUAGAUUAUUACUCAUCAUGGUAUGUAGCUAAACACUCAUAACCUUCUUUAAAACUGUUUUUUGCCAGUAAUUUCGUGUGUGUAUCUUGGAAAUGAUGGUGCCUUAAGCUGUCUCUCUGAAUAAUACUUUCCUGUAUCUGUUAAUAAAUGCUACUAUCAAAAAUUCAGUUCAUCUUUUGGUGAUAGAAUCACUGUGCUAUUGAUAAAGAACAGUGGCAAAGGGAAAACUUGAAAAACUGUUAGUUUGCUCUUAAAUUUUAGCUGUGCGAUAUAUGGAUACACUGAACUAAAACUGCUCUUUGUGUGUUUGUUUCCAAAUUAGAGAAAAUAUUACUCCAUUCAUUUGGCUGAGUGUCCACAUUAUUUAAGAGAAAAUGCUAUAAAUCACUGUCUAAGUUCAAUACAUAAUUCCUAGCACAGUGUAAACUUUACGAAGGGUUAUAUUUUUGUAUUAUGUACAAAUAAUUAUUUAUUUCCGUUGAUGUUGCUGCACUGUACCAUUAAUAAAGGAACUGUAAUUGA